AUGGGCAGCACAUCUUCCGAGCCCACAUACGACAGUGAGCCCAUCGCGAUUAUUGGCCUUUCGUGCAAGUUCGCUGGGUCCGCAGACAGCCCCGAGAAACUAUGGGAGAUGCUUGCGGAAGGGCGGAAUGCAUGGUCAGAGAUCCCUGAGUCGCGGUUUAACCACAAGGCCGUGUAUCAUCCUGAUAGUGAGAAGCUGGGGACGACCCUCGAUCCGCAAUUCCGCUUCCAGCUCGAGUCCGUCUAUGAGGCUCUUGAAAAUGAGAGUACAGCUGGCCUGACGAUUCCAUCCAUCGCCGGCACCAACACCUCCGUCUACGCCGGCGUCUUCACGCAUGACUACCACGAAGGUCUGAUUCGCGACGAAGACAAACUGCCCCGGUUCCUCCCCAUCGGAACCCUCUCCGCCAUGUCCUCGAACCGCAUCAGCCACUUCUUCGACCUCAAAGGAGCAAGCGUGACUGUAGACACCGGCUGCUCGACGGCCCUGGUGGCCCUGCACCAGGCCGUCCUCGGCCUGCGCACGCGCGAAGCAGACAUGAGCAUCGUCUCUGGAUGCAACAUCAUGCUGUCGCCGGAUAUGUUCAAGGUGUUUUCAAGUUUGGGAAUGCUAAGCCCUGAUGGGAAGAGCUACGCCUUUGACUCAAGGGCGAAUGGAUACGGACGGGGCGAGGGCGUAGCGACGAUUAUCGUGAAGCGACUCGCGGAUGCGCUGAGGGACGGGGAUCCCGUGCGCGGCGUGAUCCGCGAGAGCUAUCUGAAUCAGGAUGGAAAAACAGAGACUAUCACCUCGCCGUCACAGGAAGCGCAGGAGGCACUGAUCAAAGAAUGUUAUCGGCGCGCGGGGCUGUCGCCGUCGGAUACACAGUACUUCGAAGCGCAUGGGACAGGCACCCCCACUGGAGAUCCGAUUGAGGCGCGCUCAAUCGCGUCAGUAUUUGGAAAGAAUCGAGAGCAGCCGUUGCGGAUUGGCUCUGUCAAGACGAAUAUCGGGCAUACUGAGGCGGCCAGUGGUCUUGCCGGGCUGAUCAAGGUCGUGCUGGCCAUGGAGAAGGGGUUCAUCCCGCCCAGCGUAAACUUUGAGAAGCCGAAUCCGAAGCUGAAGCUGGAUGAAUGGAGGCUAAAGGUGGCAGAUACUUUGGAAAAGUGGCCUGCACCGGCGGAGCGGCCAUGGAGGGCGAGCGUGAACAACUUUGGGUAUGGGGGUACGAACAGCCAUGUCAUUGUGGAAGGGGUGCCGAAGAGAUUAUACACACCGGCAAAUGGAAAUGAGACCGGCCAGAUAAAGCAUGAGACAGAGAGCAAAGUGCUCCUCUUCUCUGGCCGCGACGAACAAGCCUGCCAGCGCAUGGUUGCCAGCACGAAGGAGUACCUGAAGAAGCGCAGGGAGCAGGAUCCUCCCAUGACACCUGAACAAGUCAAGACCCUCAUGCAAAAUCUCGCCUGGACAUUAACGCAGCACCGCACUCGCUUCUCCUGGGUCUCCGCACACGCGGUCAAGUACUCGACCUCCCUGGACACCGUCAUUGACGCCCUCGAGUCUCCGCCGCCGGCCUCAAGACCCGUUCGCAUCCCUGACUCUCCAUUCCGUAUUGGCAUGGUCUUCACGGGGCAAGGUGCGCAGUGGCACGCCAUGGGCCGCGAGCUGAUCGCCGCGUACCCGGUAUUCAAGGCAACCCUAGACGAAGCGGAACAGUAUUUGCGCCAACUGGGGGCCGGCUGGUCCCUCAUCGAAGAGCUGAUGAAGGAUGCAGCCACGACAAGAGUCAACGACACCGGCCUCAGCAUCCCUAUCUGUGUCGCCGUGCAGAUCGCUCUCGUCCGCCUGCUCAAGGCAUGGGGGAUCACUGCCUCGGCCGUGACAUCCCACUCGUCCGGUGAGAUCGCCGCCGCGUAUACGGUUGGCGCUCUCUCGCUGCGCCAGGCCAUGGCCGCCGCCUACUACCGCGCUGCCAUGGCAGCAGACAAGACGCUGAAGAGCGCAGAGGGGCCCCAAGGCGCAAUGGUUGCCGUGGGUGUUGACAAGGCUGCCGCGCAGGCAUACCUGGACCGCGUUGAGAAAUCGGCAGGCCGCGCUGUGGUGGCAUGCAUCAACAGCCCCAGCAGCAUCACCAUUGCCGGCGACGAGGCAGCCGUCGUCGCGGUCGAGAAGUUGGCCACUGAGGAGGGCGUCUUUGCGCGCCGACUCAGGGUCGAGACGGGAUAUCACUCGCACCAUAUGGAGCCAAUUGCGAGCCCGUACCGGGAGGCGCUUCGCGCCGCAUUGGCCCAGGAAGAUGCUGAGUCUGGUACCAAGGACCAGACUGAUGUCCCGGGCUUUGCGGAUGCCACUAAACCGGGCAGCCUAGACCACACCGUCUUCUCCUCCCCCGUCACGGGCGGCCGUGUCACAGAUGCCAAAGUCCUCUCUGACCCGGAGCACUGGGUCCGCAGUCUGCUCCAGCCAGUGCGGUUCGUCGAGGCCUUCACUGAUAUGGUGCUUGGCUCCACAGAUAGCAGCAAUAUUGACCUGAUCCUCGAGGUCGGGCCGCAUACAGCCCUUGGCGGACCGAUCAAGGAGAUCCUUGCCCUGCCUGACUUCAGCAGCAGGAAUGUCAGCCUCCCCUACAUGGGCUGCCUCGUUCGUAAAGAAGAUGCGCGCGACUGCAUGCUCACUGCUGCCUUAAACCUUUUCUCCAAGGGCCACAGUAUCGACCUGCUCAGACUCAGCUUCUCGUCUGGCAUCCCAGAGUUGCAAGUCCUGACCGACCUCCCCUCAUACCCGUGGAACCACAGCAUCAGACACUGGUCUGAGUCUCGCCGCAAUGCCGCGUACCGUAAGCGCAGCCAGGAGCCGCAUGAGCUGCUGGGCGUGCUGGAACCGGGCACGAACCCGGACGCUGCCUCGUGGAGGCAUAUCAUCAAGCUCUCCGAGGCGCCGUGGCUGCGCGACCACGUUGUCCAGGGGAACAUCCUCUACCCCGGUGCAGGAUUCGUGUGUCUCGCCAUUGAGGCAAUCAAGAUGCAGUCUGCCAUGAGCGGGACGAAUGAUGUGACCGGUUUCAGGCUGCGCGAUGUCGAGAUCCAUCAGGCGCUCGUGAUUGCGGACAGUGCAGACGGCGUCGAAGUGCAGACGACCCUCCGGUCCGUAGGAGGCAAGGUCAUCGGCGCCAGAGGCUGGAAGCAGUUUGAGAUCUGGUCGGUCAGCGCAGACAGCGAGUGGACAGAGCACGCGAGGGGUCUAAUCACCGUCGACACUGAGACCAAGGCAUCCACGCUCGUGGCAAGCACUCUCGAUGAAUCCGGCUACACGCGCCGCAUCGACCCGCAAGACAUGUUUGCUAGCCUGCGCGCAAAGGGGCUCAACCACGGGCCCAUGUUCCAGAAUACGCUGAGAAUCCUGCAGGACGGAAGGGCCAAGGAGCCGCAGUGCGUCGUCGAUAUCAAGAUCGCCGACGUAUCGAGCAGCAAGGACAGCGGCCGGAUGAGUCUUCUGCACCCGACGACGCUCGACUCAAUCGUUCUCUCCUCAUACGCCGCAGUACCCAGCUCGGAUCCGUCCAACGACGACAGCGCGCGCGUUCCCCGGUCCAUCCGCAGCCUGUGGGUGUCGAGCAUGAUCAGCAGCGCCCCGGGCCAUACGUUCACCUGUAAUGUGAAGAUGCCGCAUCACGAUGCGCAGAGUUACGAAGCGAACGUGACAGUCGUGGACGAGGCCGGAGCCAGAGCUGAGAGCAUGGUCGAGAUGCAGGGUCUUGUCUGCCAGUCUCUCGGCCGCAGCGCACCAGCAGAGGACCGAGAACCCUGGACGAAGGAGCUAUGCGCGAACGUCGAAUGGGCGCCUGAUCUCUCCCUCUCUCUCGGCCUUCCGGGCUCGUCAGACGCCAUCGACAGGCGCCUCAACACCCUCCGCGACCAGAAUCCAGACGAGAGGAGCAUCGAAGUGCAGACGGUCCUGCGCCGCGUCUGCGUCUACUUCAGCCACGAUGCCCUUUCCUCCCUGACAGAAAACGACGUGGCAAAUCUCGCAUUCCACCAUGUCAAGUUCUACAAGUGGAUGCAGGAUACCGUCAACCUGGCACUCGCGCGCCGCUGGAGUGCCGACAGCGACACCUGGAUUCAUGACAGUCCCGCCGUACGGGAAAAGUACAUUUCCCUUGCUGGGUCGCAGACGGUGGACGGAGAGCUGAUCUGCCAGCUAGGCCCAUUGCUGCUGCCGGUCCUUCGCGGGGAACGAGCGCCGCUGGAGGUUAUGAUGGAGGGACGCCUGCUGUACAAGUACUACGCCAACGCAUACCGGCUGGAGCCCGCCUUCGAGCAGCUCAAGUCAUUGCUGGGCGCGAUCCUGCAUAAGAACCCUCGUGCCAGGGUUCUCGAGAUCGGAGCCGGCACCGGCGCUGCCACACGACACGCGCUCAAGACCCUAGGGACUGAUGAGGAUGGCGGUCCUCGCUGCGAGAGCUGGCACUUUACUGACAUCUCCUCCGGGUUCUUCGAGGCAGCCCGCGCUGAAUUCGCCACCUGGGGCGGCCUGCUGGAGUUUAAUAAGCUGGAUAUCGAGCAGGACCCCGAAGCGCAGGGGUUCAAGCUCGGUUCUUACGAUGUCGUGGUCGCCUGCCAGGUUCUGCACGCCACGAAGAGCAUGCACCGGACUAUGACCAAUGUCCGGUCCCUGAUGAAACCCGGCGGCACGCUGCUCCUUAUGGAGACGACACAGGACCAGAUUGACUUGCAGUUCAUCUUUGGUCUCCUGCCGGGUUGGUGGCUGAGCGAAGAGCCUGAGCGCCACGCGAGCCCCAGCCUGAGCAUUGACAUGUGGGAUCGGGUGCUCAAGGGGGCCGGCUUUACGGGAGUCGAGAUUGACCUGAGAGAUGUGAACGUUGAUGCUGAGAGUGAUCUGUACGGCAUCAGCAAUAUCAUGAGCACGGCUGUCGGCACGGCGGGUUCGAGCCCUGAGAAGGUGGAUGCCGCCCAGGUGGUGAUCGUGACGGGCAACAAGACGGGCUUUCAGGACGAUUGGGUCAGGGGACUGCAGGCAGCCAUUGCUCAGGACUCCGGUAGCGAUGCCCUUCCAGAGAUUAUAUCCCUCGAGUCUCCCUCGCUCGGGGCAGAGGCCUUCCAGUCCCGGCUGGUCGUCUUCGUCGGCGAGCUUGACAGACCCGUUCUGGCGUCUCUUGACUCCACAGAGCUCGAGGGAAUCAAGACCAUGGCCCUCGCCUGCAAAGGUCUUCUCUGGGUCACCCGCGGCGGCGCGGUUGAGUGUACGGACCCCGACUCUGCGCUUGCAUCUGGGUUCGUCCGCGUUCUGCGCACCGAGUAUCUCGGCCGGCGCUUCUUGACUCUCGACCUGGACCCAGCAGCCCAUUCGCCUGCGUCUGAUAUCUCAGUCAUUGUGCACCUCCUCUCCUCGCGCCUACAGCCGGCCGUUGAGACAGCGGCCCCGGCCGACAGCGAGUUCGCUCUGCGAGACGGCCUCCUCCUUGUGCCGCGCCUUUACAAAGACGUUGUCUGGAAUGCACUGCUGGAGCCUGAGGUCCCCGACUGGGCCUCUCCAGAGAAGCCUCGCGCUUAUGGCCUCAACUUCCGCGACGUCAUGGUGGCCAUGGGCCAGCUCAAAGAGCGCGUCAUGGGUCUAGAGUGCGCAGGCGUCAUCACGCGCGUCGGCGCUGAAGCUGCGGCGCAAGGCUUCGCCGUGGGUGACCGGGUCAUGGCCCUGCUGCUGGGCCCGUUCAGCUCUCGUGCACGGGUGAGCUGGCACGGAGUCGCCAGUAUGCCCGCGGGGAUGGGGUUUGCAGAUGCUGCCUCUAUCCCGAUGAUCUUCACCACGGCGUACGUCGCUCUCGUGCAAGCAGCGCGACUGUCGCAGGGGCAGACAGUGCUUAUUCACGCCGCUGCAGGAGGUGUAGGGCAAGCAGCCGUGAUACUGGCCAAGGAAUAUCUCGGAGCAGAAGUCUUUGCAACCGUGGGCUCGCAGGAGAAGCGAGACCUACUGAUCAAGGAGUACGGAAUCCCCGACGACCACAUCUUCAACUCUCGCGACAGUUCCUUUGCACCGGCUGCCCUGGCCGCAACAGCCGGACGGGGCGUGGACUGCCUAAUCGAGGUUCUCGCGCCCUUUGGCCACUUUGUCGAGAUCGGCAAGCGCGAUCUCGAGCAGAACAGCCUGCUCGAGAUGGCCACCUUCACGCGCGCUGUCUCCUUCACUUCGCUCGACAUGAUGACCCUCCUCCGCCAGCGCGGCGACGAGGCGCACCGCGUCCUGAGCGAGCUCGCCCGGCUGGCCGGCCAGGGGAUCGUCAAGCCCGUCCACCCUGUGUCCGUAUACCCAAUGCGCCAGGUUGACAAGGCCUUCCGUCUGCUGCAGACGGGGAAGCAUCUCGGCAAGCUGGUACUGUCCACCGAGCCUGACGAAGAGGUUAGAGUUCUUCCCCGGCCGGCCACGCCCAAAUUGCGCGCCGAUGCAUCUUACCUCCUUGUCGGCGGCGUGGGAGGUCUCGGCCGCUCCCUCGCCAGCUGGAUGGUCGAACACGGCGCAAAACACCUUAUCCUCCUCUCGCGGAGUGCAGGCAAGCAGGACAGCAGCGCAUUCGUUAAUGGCCUACGGGACGCAGGAUGCCGCGUCGCCGCAAUCUCCUGCGACGUCGCCGACAGGGCCGACCUCGACCGCGCGAUCGCGGCCGCCUCAGAGUUGGGGUUCCCGCAUGUCCGCGGCGUCAUCCAGGGCGCGAUGGUCUUGCAAGACUCGAUCAUUGAGCAGAUGAGCAUUGCAGACUGGAAUGCGGCAAUCAAGCCCAAGGUUGCCGGGACACGCAACCUCCAUGACCGCUUCUCCCAGCGCAACAGCCUCGACUUCUUCGUCAUGCUCUCUUCCCUAUCCGCGAUCCUGGGUUGGGCCAGUCAGGCCUCCUACGCGGCUGGCGGAACGUACCAGGAUGCGCUGGCGCGCUGGCGCUGCUCCAAGGGUCUGCCUGCCGUAUCCCUCGAUAUGGGCGUAAUCAAAGAUGUCGGCUACGUCGCCGAGUCGCGGUCAGUCUCAGACCGGCUGCGCAAAGUUGGCCAGUCCCUCCGCCUCUCUGAAGAGUCGAUCCUCCAGACCCUGGCAACGGCGGUCUUGCACCCAUUCGGCCGGCCCCAGCUCCUCCUGGGCCUGAACUCCGGCCCAGGCAGCCACUGGGACCCUUCCAGCGACAGCCAGAUGGGGCGUGACGCCCGCUUCGCACCUCUCCGCUACCGUAAGCCCGCAUCUACGAAGUCCGCUCAGACAUCUUCCAGCGGCGACGGCGAAGAGCCCCUUUCAUCCAAGCUCAAGUCAGCCGAUUCCCCCGAUGCGGCGGCGAACUAUGUCGGGGGUGCAAUUGCCACCAAGCUCGCAGACAUCUUCAUGGUCCCUGUGGCCGAUAUCGAUCUGACCAAGCCGCCAAGUGCGUACGGGGUCGACUCGUUGGUUGCUGUCGAGCUGAGGAAUAUGCUGGUGCUCCAGGCGGCGUGUGAUGUGAGUAUCUUUAGUAUCCUGCAGAGUGUGAGCCUUGCGGCGCUGGCGGGGAUGGUGGUCGAAAAGAGUGCGCAUUUCGAGGGAAGUGCCACGGGAACUGUCGUUGUUGCUUGA